AUGUCCGCGCCAUCUUACCGGCUGGCGAGCUCCAGGAUGGUGCUGCGGGUCGUGGGCGCCGCGCUGCUCUUCGCCGGGAGCUUCCCCUUGUACUGGGUGCACCGCUCGCCUUCGGAAAGGAACCUGCUCGGCCCCUCCUGGGCCCAGGCUGCGCGUUGCGGAAGAGCCCCGCUCAUGGAAAUGUUGACAGGGUCUCGCAUUGUAGGAGGCACAGAAGUUCCGGAAGGCAAAUGGCCGUGGAUAGUUAGCUUGCAGAUUACGUACGGCCGUCUUAGUGCUCACACGUGCGGGGGAAGUCUAGUGAAAGACAGGUGGGUGAUCACAGCCGCCCACUGCACCAAAGACGAGAGAGACCCUUUGAAGUGGAGAGCUGUGAUCGGAACCAAUAACAUAUACAGGCUGAAACCACACGGCAAGAUGAUGAAAGUCGAAGCAAUCAGUAUCCAUCCAGACUUCAUUUUGGAAACUUACGUAAAUGACAUCGCACUUUUUCAUUUAAAAAAAGCAGUGAAGUACAAUGAUUACAUCCGGCCGAUCUGUCUACCCUUUAAUGUUUUCCAAAAACUGGACGAAGAAACAAAAUGCUUCAUAAGUGGCUGGGGAAGAACCCAGGAAGAAGGUAAUAGCACAAACAUGUUGCAAGAAGCGGCAGUCCAUUAUAUUUCUCGACAGAUUUGUAAUUCUGCGCUGAGUUACGGGGGCAUCAUUCCUAACAGCUCGUUCUGCGCAGGUGAUGAAAAUGGCAACUUUGAUACUUGCAGGGGGGAUAGCGGCGGGCCGUUGAUGUGCUACUUACCAGAAUAUAAAAGAUUCUUCAUGAUGGGAAUUACAAGUUACGGAAACGGCUGUGGUCGCAAAAAUUUCCCCGGGAUCUAUAGCGGACCAUCUUUCUUCCAAGAGUGGCUGACGGAGCACUUCUCGCAGAAAAAGGUGAAGGGAGGAGCUAACACAAAUCUUUCGCUUGGACAGACUCUCGUAGCUCUAGCUUGCGUCAUCUCGCUGGUGACGUCGUAAAGACUUCCCGAAGACCUCAGGAUCAUCACUGUGCUUCUUUCCGUGUUCCACAGAAUGAAGCUCAUUUAUUCUGUCAUUUAGUUGCUCAUUGUCGAGUUCUCAUGUGAAGAUAAUUUUUGGAAUAAAAGGAUUGUGGCCUGUUAGAUACACAAUUGUAAACCCAGAAUAGAAUCACUUUGCCUUCUUGAUGUGUCUUGAUCAUUUUCCUUUGUAAUUUGAACUCUGUAUGUGUACAAGUUUGCUAGGAUUUACAUAAAUGUUAAAUGUAGAUUUUAUGUGUACAAGUGUCAAAUAAUAAAAAU